UAUCAAGUAAAAUGAGGUACGUCUAAAAUGAGUCUGUCAAAAACACUAUUUUAAGUCCAUCAAUAAUGUCAUUACUUCCUCUCUUUUAUAUAUAGUACCAUAACCUUCCGCCCCUUUAUUUAUUUCAACAUCUUUGUCACAGUAGUGGGAGAGUAGAGUAGCUUAAGUAGUUCCGACCGACAAAGAGGAGAAGAAAAAUGGAGGAAGAACAAGAGUAUCUUUUCAAGAUUGUGGUGAUUGGGGACUCUGCCGUUGGCAAAUCCAACUUGCUGUCCCGUUUUGCCCGUGAUGAAUUUGACCAUAACUCUAAGGCCACCAUUGGAGUUGAGUUUCAAACACAAGUUGUUGAAGUUGAUGGUAAGGAAAUUAAGGCCCAGGUUUGGGAUACUGCUGGUCAAGAACGUUUUCGGGCUGUCACUUCUGCUUAUUAUAGAGGCGCUGUUGGAGCUCUUAUUGUUUAUGAUAUCAGUAGAAGCACUACUUUCGAAAAUAUCAAACGAUGGCUUGAUGAACUCAACACCCACUGUGAUACCACAGUUGCGAGAAUGCUUGUUGGGAACAAGUGUGACUUGGAGAAUAUCAGAGAUGUGAGUGUAGAGGAUGGAAAAAACCUUGCAGAAGAGGAAGGAUUAUUCUUCAUUGAAACAUCGGCUCUCGACUCUACUAAUGUGAAAACAGCCUUUGAAAUUGUCAUCCGUGAGAUAUACAAAAAUGUGAGCAGAAAAGUACUCAACUCUGAUUCAUACAAGGCAGAAUUAUCUUUCAAUCGCGUUAGCCUUGCCAAUGGGACCGACAUGUCAAAGCAAAAAACGUCGUGCUGUUCCAGCUAGUUUUGUUCCAUAACUCAUUAUGUUGAUCUUUUCUCUCUCUUUACCUUUCUAUUCUUCUCUGCCCUCAAUUUAAGCUGGGCAGUUGCUCAAGGGUGUGUCUUGUUUGCAUUUAGUUAAUUGUUGUAUCACUUGCAGUCUUGCAACUAAGGGGAGCAGUACACAAUAACCCCCAAUAGGUUAUAAUUGUAUUUUUGAGAAAUAAUUAACUCAUCAAAUUCUAUUCGAGAGGUAUUGCACAAUGUGACCACUUUAAAGUUUUGAUCAUGUUAAAAAAAAAGUUGUGCUAGAA